AUAAUCUACCGGGCACCACUUGGGUCUUUGCAUCGUUUACUAAAUAUAGCACGGUUAUUGCUCCCACAGUAAGUUAGAUCACAGUGUGGCAAUAAAGGGGAAGUGAAACUGUAAAUGAGCAGUGUAGGGAUGAGAGAAGAAGAACGUAAGUAGGCGGGCUCUACUGCGCGCGCAGGAAGAGGUGCCUGACAGACUGAAUUCAGGGCUAUCAAACCGCCAGUUAAUUAAAGGGCCAGUGUUGCGGUGUGCAGUUUGCUCGCGGAUGGACUGAGGCUGCUGGGAAUCGAAACUUAUCUGGGGGCUAAAGUCAGACGCGGAUCCUCGACGUGUCUCUUCCUCCUCGGCUCGCUGAUAACCGGCGUCGGCUCGACCGCUCGGCUGCACAGCGUGUCUCCGUCCCCCUGCCACUGGACACAAAGUUACUUUAAACUUCUGUUUAGUUCAAUGAACUUCCUCAAUUCCUUUCGAAAACGACGAGCAUGGACCCUGCCAGACAGAAACGCAAGGAGGAGAUAAGGAACUCGCUGACAUUUAUACAGUCUUCCCUGGCUUAUCCAGAGCCCGAGGGCUACCAGGACUUCCUUACCCGGUUAGUGUGCAACCUGCUCGAUGAGGGCAGCGCCUCUUUCGGAGACCGUGACUGGGCGCAGGCGGUGCGAGAGUUCAGCGAGGGCUUGAAUGUCUACCACUACGCUGCAGCAGAGGAGAUCCAGAUCCCAGAAGCGUUGCUGGAGAGCUUGCACGUCCACCGGGCGGCCACCUACCAAAGCAUGGGGGAUUACGAGCGAGGCGUGGCGGACUGCGACAUCGCUCUGAAAGUGUGUAAGGAAAGCCGCGAGGCGCUAUUCAGGAAGGCACUCUGUUUGAGGGACCUCGGGAAGUUCAAGGAGGCCUACAACUGCACCACAGACUGCCUGCUGGUUACCCAACUGGACGAACAGGUGAACGCGCUCGCACAGGAGCUCGCCGUCCACCUGGGACUGAAAAAUCGGAAACCAUAUGUCGGCAUGAAGGAAGGAGGACUCAUCACGAGAGCUAAAGUCGCUAACGUGACUAAUGGAAUGAAGACUGAAGCCAUCAAGGUGUCUGGUAUUCAUGUCGGAAAUGGGUUGAAUCCUCUGAGUGGCCUCGCACCAGUCAGUUUUCCUAGCAUGCCUCAGUCCUCCAUUCGCUCCCCAGCUCCCAGCUGCCGCCAACCGGCUGUGUUGACGGUGCCCGACAUCGUGGACACGCUGGAGGACUUCGAGCUGAUGGGAGACGAUUUGGACAUCCUGCUCGACGGCUUCCCGACUGAGGCGGAGACCCCCGCCCAUGAAACAUUCUCAAUCGCACGCCGGACUUCCACCUGCGACCGCGCGGUCCCCUCUGCGCUGCCCGCCCCGACACCCCAGCUGCCCCCGGCCUUCUUCAGCUCGGCCGUCAGCCAACUCAACUCCCUGGACUCCUUCUCGGGCGGCGGCACCACGACCGGCACGCUGAACGCUCUGGACGACCUCUGGACCGCCGGCAUCGGUGGCGGCGCGGGUGCGACUAACUUGGCGCUGACCUCCGAGUCGCUGGACGGCCUCGACUCGCUGGACGACUUCUUGGAUACGACUCAAACGCAGGCCAACGCAGACGUUGACGCCGGGGGGAAGUCCCUUGAUGAUUUGCUGGAUGAACUCGAUCCUCUGGAGGCCGUCUCCCAUCCAGGCGGUCAGGGUGGAGACGGCCCUCAAACCGGCGUGCUCGACUCCCUUGAUGCCCUGGACUCGUUCCCCUCGGUGGAGGCUGUCGCGGCCGCUUUGCCGGCGGUCUCCUUUGGAGCCACGUCCCUGGACACGCUCUCCGACUUCAGUGCAACUGGUAUCGCAGGCUUUCAAACGGCUGCAGCUCCGGUGAUGCGACCUCCAAAGAAAAUCUAUAAAGAGACGAACAUCCCGGCACUGGUGGCGGCCUCCAACCCGCUGUCCUCCACUCACCAGUUCCUGCAGGCCUGCGCUGCCUGUUUCCCUCGGAAAGGUCGAGGGAUUUAUACAUUUGUUCACAAGCCCGACCUGGAGCACAGCUGUCAGCGAGACAUUCUACUGUGCAGACGGGAGGCGGGUUGUCCUUCGGAGUGGACCCGAGUACGACAGAUUCCCAACUGGAGUUCCUUCAGCGGGCCGUUCGUUCUCUGCAAAGAGCUGCUGAAGUCUGGGGAUUUGGGCCUGUGCAAGUUCGGAGAAAAUUGCACGUUUGCCUACAACCAGCUGGAGAUCGACGUUUGGACCGCGGAGCGGAAAGGCACGCUGGACCGAAACCUGCUGUUUGACACGUCGGGUUUGAAACUGGACCCGGUGAACAGCAUCAUCCGCCUUCUGAGGGAGGACAAGGGCACUUUCAUGUUCCUCUGCCAGGAAUGCUACGACGGUAAACCUCGAAUCAUCAGUAAGCGUUGCCGAGGCGAUCACGCCGUCUGCUCCAACCUGGACGCUCGCCACACCUUCGAUGCCAAUAAGUGCUUGGCGUUUGUGGUGCAGACCCUCAGCGUCAACUACAGAAAGGUCCGACCGCUGAGCAUCCUAUGCCACUUGGAUUUGUGCCGUCAAGCCAUCCGGUACGGCUGCCAGAGAGAGGACGGCUGCAAUUUUGCCCACUCUGUCAUCGAGCUCAAAACAUGGAGGGUGCAGCGCGACACAGGUAUCAGCCCCGAAGAAAUUGUGAAAGUAUCGACAAAAUACAACGACAAUCAGGAGCAAAACAAACAUAACGGAAAUAGACAGCCGUCUUCUGGAGGCGAUGGGAGCAAACCAAGAGGAGGAGGGAAGAGUCUGAACAUGAAGAUGAAGUUUUCCUGUGCUCAGUGCUUGCGGGACGGCCUGAUCCGUGAGCCAGACAAAGCCCUGAAGCACUGCACGGCAAAGGCCCGGCACACGUGGACUAAAGAGAGGUGGGUGCUGCUGGUCAUGUCCUUGGAGAGAAGGAAAUGGGUUCAGGUCCGACCGCUGCCACACGCCAAGAACUUCCCUGUGCAUUAUGAUAUAUGCACCCAGGUUCUGAAGAGGGGGAAAUGUAACUACUCGGGGAACUGCACCUUCGCUCACAGCCAAGAGGAGAGGGAGAUGUGGACAUAUAUGAAGAAUAAUGAAUUGAGAGAAAUGCAGCAGAUAUACGACAUGUGGCUGUCGUUAACCGCCCACGACCGGCAAGAAGAUGGAGCCAUGCUGACCCAGCCGGUCCCAGGAGAAAGAUGUAUCAUCAUGCCGACUGACUACGCUGAACCCAUGACUGGCUUCCACUGUCGCCUGUGUGGUAAACACAGUAACGGGGAGCGUCAGUGGCAGCAGCACAUCUCCACUGAGAAGCACAAGGACCGGGUGUUCAGCUGUGAGGGGGAGGACGAAGCUCUGACGUGGAGCUACCGCUUCCCCGGACCGUGCUUUGAAAUCUGCCCCAAGUCUGACGGCGGCUGUCCCGACGGUGUGAGCUGCGACUACGCACACAGCGCGGAGGAGCUGCGCGAGUGGACGGAGAGACGAGAUUUCCUGCGACGGAAGCUGGCCGGAGCCAGGGCGGACAUGCUCAUCAUGCCUGACGAGCAUGACUUUGGGAAGUUCAACUUUCUACUUCAGGACUGAGAAGAUUUUUUAUUUGUUUUACUUUGUGAGCCAAAAAACUGCCAAGCUAGCAUUUCAGUUAAUGAAGAGUUUUCAAAUCUUCACCAUCAUCUGAAGGUGAUGUCAUCAAACUAGCAGUGUAUACGAUGUGCCUGCCAAAAGAUGACAUCAUUCAUGAAGCAUGUGUGUUUACAUUCCCAAACAUACCAUAUGCUCCUUAUUCUAAAGAUUUUAAUGUCUUCUUACUGGAUGGAAUAUUUUCACAACCACUUUCUGCUUUUGUCUGUUCAGCUAAAACCAUCAGUAAAGUGGUGCCACUUCAAAAAACACAGCAGAUUCAAAGACACACACACACCGCUCAUCACAGAAUAUUCAUCAAUGGUUCAUAUUUAAUCAAAUACGCAGCCGUAUAAAUGUUUGUUAGGUUUGUUUACCUUCCGUUUGUGUCUUAUUUUAACGGAGUUUUAUUGAUGUUUAUAAGAGAGGAUGCCCAAGCCCUCAACUUGGCAUUAAAAUACUCUCCACAAAAGAUUGUUCUUAAUAAAAAGUCUGAAUAAA